AUGGCCGCCAGUCGGCUGCCCAUUGUCUACGGGGUCCUCACAGGCCAUUCGACGGGGUGGUUAAAAAGGCUACAUGCCAAAUAUGGCCCUGUUGUGCGCGUGGCUCCCGAUGAACUGAGCUACUCCUGUGCCAGUGCCUGGAAGGACAUCUACGGAAGCACCCCAUCACGUCCUUCGGGAAUGCCACGCGACAAUACUUUUUUCCGCGCAGUCGAGGACGCAAAUGGGAUUCACUCAAUCCUAUCGGCCAACAACGAAGACCAUGCCCGAAUGCGCCGCCUCUACGCGCAAGCUCUAUCUAAGCGAGCUCUUGCCGCACAAGAGCCUCUGAUCCUGAGUCAUGUCCAUCUCAUGAUGGAUAAACUUCAGCUACAGGCAGAGAAAGACCAGCCUAUUGAUAUCGUUGAUAUAUUUAAUUUCACGCUAUUUGAUGCAGUAUGUGACCUCCAAUUUGGAGAGUCCUUGCAUUUGCUAGAUGACGAAACCUAUCGUCCCUGGGUACGGAGCCAUCUGGGGGUCAUCCGCAGCGCUUCCCUCAUCGCGUCACUGGCCGACUUUCCCAUACUUCGAGUCCUCUUUGGACUGGUGCUCCCACGAUUGAUUAAGACUGAGCGAGAAAGUUAUUUCAAGAUGCUGAACGAGCGGCUGGAUCAGCGUUUGGCCGCGGGUGUCAAGCGUCCCGAUCUCGUGAACUUCUUCAUUGAGUCCCGCAAUGAGGCCAACGUCAUCUCUGAGGGGGAAUUCCGUGCUACUGCCCCAAUCAUUAUGAUGGCGGGUAGUGAGACAAGUUCCACUGCACUCAGCGGCUUCAUGGCCCAUAUGCUGCGGGAGCCUAAAAUCCUGCGCGAGGUGCAGAAUGAAGUUCGCGCCAAGUUCCAGAGUCGAGUCGAUAUCGAGAUGAAAACACUCAAAGACCUCCCGAUGCUGGAUAAAUGCGUGAAAGAAACGCUUCGUGCUUAUGCUGCAGUGCCAGGAAUUCUUCCUCGUAUAGUUCCAGCUCCUGGGGCCACAAUUGCGGGACAAUGGGUGCCUCCAGGCGUCCGGGUCUAUGUUACCUCCUUGGCUGCAUUUCGCUCGGCUGCGAACUUCUACGAUCCAGAAAAAUUUGCACCCGAGCGAUGGGAUGCAAAGCCUGACGCGAAAUUUAUUGACGAUGAGCGUGAUGCUUGUAAGCCAUUUUCAGUGGGAACCAGAGACUGUGUGGGUCGGGAGAUGGCACAGUAUAUGAUGGCCUUGAUUCUCUGCAACUUGAUGCUGCAUUUUGAUUUUGAGAAUGUUCCUGAGAACAAAAAUUGGUUUGCCAACCAGCGGAUCUGGACGAUUUGGGAUAAGCCGGCUUUGAUGGUGAAAUUGAUCCCGGUCCGGGCAUCUGUUUGA